UGUACUUCCGGAGAACGUAAACCUUUCACGAACAGCGAGAUAGCAAGAAGAAGAAAAAGAAUGAAAGGGUUGCUAGUCUGUCUCUAUUGACUGAUAAUUAUACAAUAUUUAUAUUUGAUAGAAUUAAAUACAUUCGAACACUUAGGUGAAUCGCAAGAGGCGUCCGAAUCAACAGCAGGAGUACCACAGCUAAACAACAACAUUCGUAUCAUGGACGUAAUCAUAAAUCAUCACAUUCAAAUCCUGAUGGCUAUGAGUCUCCUAUCUCUUCCUUGGUCCGACCCCGAUGUCAAGCACAUCGGCCAGCCACCACAGUGAGUGGUAGAGGGGGGCGAAGGGGCAGCCAGCGGCCCUGUGCCAGUGACGGGGCUGUGGUGGGCACGGCCCGAGUCCUCUAACUGGAUCCCUCGAAGCAGCAGCCGCCGCCCGGCGGUGCCCGCAGUGCCAUGGACCAUCCAAAAGAGGGUGAACGGCCGGCGAGGAGCAGCAAGGUGGCACAGGGGCGCAGCGGGCACUCCAGACCCUCCAGCUCCUCAGCCUCCUCCGGGGUUCUCAUGGUGGGACCCAACUUCCGCGUGGGCAAGAAGAUCGGUUGCGGCAACUUCGGAGAACUGAAGCUCGGUAAAAAUCUCUACACCAACGAGUAUGUAGCUAUUAAACUGGAACCAGUCAAGUCGAGGGCACCACAGUUACAUUUGGAGUACCGGUUCUACAAAACAUUAGGAAGUACAGCGGAAGGCCUGCCCCAGGUGUUCUACUUUGGGCCCUGUGGGAAGUAUAAUGCCAUGGUUCUAGAGCUGCUGGGCCCCAGUUUAGAAGACCUCUUUGACCUUUGUGACAGGACCUUCUCACUAAAGACUGUAUUAAUGAUUGCCAUUCAGCUGAUCUCCCGGAUGGAGUAUGUGCACUCUAAAAACCUAAUCUACAGAGACGUAAAGCCUGAAAACUUUCUCAUCGGACGCGGAGGAUGCAAAAAAGACCACAUUAUCCACAUCAUUGACUUUGGCCUGGCCAAAGAGUACAUCGACCCUGAAACCAAAAAACACAUCCCGUACCGGGAGCACAAGAGCUUAACCGGGACGGCCCGAUACAUGUCCAUCAACACACAUUUGGGAAAAGAACAAAGUCGUCGAGACGACCUGGAAGCCUUGGGUCACAUGUUCAUGUACUUCCUCCGUGGGAGUCUACCGUGGCAAGGACUAAAGGCUGAUACACUGAAAGAACGAUACCAGAAGAUCGGAGACACGAAAAGAAACACUCCCGUUGAGGUUCUCUGUGAGAGCUUCCCAGAGGAGAUGGCCACCUAUUUGCGUUACGUAAGACGGUUGGAUUUCUUUGAAAAGCCUGACUACGAAUACCUGAGGACCCUGUUUACAGAGCUGUUUGAACGGAAAGGAUACACCUUCGAUUACACCUACGACUGGGUCGGCAGGCAGAUACCAACACCAGUUGGGACUGUCAACAUGGACUCUGGGGCAUCUGCCAUCACGAGAGAGAGCCACCCGCACAGAGACCGGCCCUCGCAGCACCAACCCAUUAGGAAUCAGACGGCAGCUUCUGACCGGAGGGGAGCAUGGGAAGUGCAGCCCAGUCGGACAAACUCCUCCUACAUGGCCUCCCACCUGGCAUCGGACAGGCACGGGGGCUCAGUGCAGGUACACUACUACAACUCCACGUUGACCCAUCAGUCCGUUGUCCACUUCAUCCUCCGUCCCCUGUUUCCUCACAUGGUGUGCCGGGGUCCACCACAAUUAUGUCCAUGGCAUACGUUACACAUCAGUGGCAUACUUGAGUCUGGAGGUGUGUGUGACAGAGUUAGAGGUUUGGUGUGUGUGCUCACACAUCUUUUGUCCUACAGCUGAUAGCCCUUGGUCUUCUUUCCCUGUGUGUUUGGAAAGACAAGCUUCGAAACAGGUCACGACUGGUUAUGUCAAACUAAUCUGGAGGCGAUAGAAACAAACAC